AUGGCGGACAACAUCCAGACGCAGCCCCCCGCCACGACCGCCUAUCUGCUGUCCUAUCCCGCCCCGCACGUGCUGCUGGUGACCAUCAACCGCGAGAAGCAGCGCAACGCCCUCACCAACAAAGCCCACUGGGAAGGCCAUGCCAUCUUCCGCUGGUUCGACGAGGAGCCCUCGCUGCGCGUCGCCGUCGUUACGGGCGCCGGCGACAAGGCCUUCUGUGCGGGCCAGGACCUGAUUGAGCAGAACGAGCUUGCAGCAUCGUCGCAAUCUUCCUCUCCGUCUUCAGACUCGAAAUUGGGCCUUGCCCAUCCGCCAACGGGGUUUAUGGGCCUGAGCCGCCGGAGAGGCAAGAAGCCCGUCCUGGCGGCCGUCAAUGGGUAUGCCCUGGGCGGCGGCUUCGAGAUCUGCUUGAACUGUGACCUAGUAGUAGCCUCGCCCACAGCACAAUUCGGCCUCCCAGAAGCGCAAGUCGGACUGUACGCAGCCGCCGGGGGUCUUCCGCGGAUCAUCCGCAACUGCGGACUGCAGGUCGCGUCGGAGAUCGCGCUGACGUGCCGGCGACUGUCCGCGCAGGAGGCGCUGGGGUACCACCUGAUCAACAAGAUCUCCAAGACGCCGCAGUCAGUCGUGGACGAGACUGUUGCGCUGGCGGUGCGCAUCGCCAGCCUGUCGCCCGACGCCAUCAUCAUCACCCGCCACGGCCUGCGCGAGGCGUGGGAGACGGCCAGCGUCGAGCGGGCCACUGCCCGCACGGCGGAGGAGUAUAUCGACAAGUUGUACCAGGGGGAGAAUUUCAAGAUCGGCGUGAGUGCGUUUGCGUCCAAGACACAGCCGAAAUGGGUGCCGUCGAAGCUUCUAAUCUGA